AUGGUCCCGCCAAUAGCUCGAGGUAAAAAGAAUGCGAAAAAUCCGCCAAUUUUUAGCCACGAAUUCAUCAUUCAGAAUCAUGGGGACAUCGUCUCCUGCUUGGCCAUGAUUGCUGUUUCAGGAUUGUUCUUCGAGUCUUCAAGUCCACUAGCCAUAGUUUUUAUUGCUCUACAACACAAUGUCACUUUGAAUGUGGAUAAAAUACCCCCUCUCCUGCCACCUCACUCUCUCACUUAUACGAAUGGCCUCAAAGAUAUCUUCACUAUCUUCUUUUACACCCUCAUCUGCAUAGUUGCACAUGCUGUCAUCCAGGAGUACAUACUUGAUAAACUGAACAGACGAAUGCAUCUGUCGAAGUUGAAGCACAGCAAGUUCAAUGAAUCUGGCCAGCUCCUGGUCUUCUACGCUGCUUCUGCUGUAACAGGUUACUAUAUACUGAUCAAAGAGGAUUAUUUGAGUCGUAUCAGCGGACUGUGGGAUGCUUACCCCCAUCUAUAUAUGUCUUUCUGGGUCAAGUUAUACUUCAUCUUGCAAAUAUCCCACUGGGUGCACUGCUACCCCGAGCUCUACUUUCAAAAGGUCAAAAAGGAGGAAAUAGUACAACGUUUGCAGUACUACACAAUAUACCUGACAUUCAUCACUGUAUGCUAUAUCCUCAACCUGUCGCUGCUUGGCCUACUGCUGCUCACGAUACAUUACACUGCUGAAUUUCUCUUCCACCUAUCAAGGCUUCUCUACUUUGCUGAGAAGGAGAGCCUGGCCAAUAGCGGCUUCAAAGUUUGGAAUGUUGCGUUUGUAGUCACUCGAUUGGCAACCAUCACUCUCUCCAUACUAACUCUUUGGUACGGACUGUCGAAGACCAGUGUCCACGUCGUUGAUUGGUCGACUGGUAACUUCAACACCUUCUUCAUAAGAGUUAACUGCCUGGUUGCCUUGUUCCUGUUGCAGGCAUACAUAAUGUGGAACUUCAUUACCUUCCAUCUGAGGAGGUUCCGUGAGAAAAAGGACAUCUCCCCUCAGAGUCAAUCAGCUGGUACAGCGUCCGGCAAGAAGCAGGCCCCAUCUUCUUCCUCUUCGUCCUCUCCAGUUCCGGGCAGUGGCAAGAAGCAGAAGAAAAAAGGUUGUUGUUGUUGUUGUUGA